AACCUGUAUUACAAACUACGGCAAUUAGUGUUGUACAGUAUAAUACCUAUACAUUAUACAUAUUUUAAUACAGUAUAAUAUAGCAAUAUCAACUAUCAAUUUCGAAUCGCGGCGCUAGUUGCGGGCCCGUCUUAAAUGUUAGGUUCUCGUGCUGUCGCUGUGGUCUGUGAAUUGUAAUUCAUCGCCAAACGCCGAUAGUGUAGACACGGAACUUCAUUUGUUAUUUUUUAGUCGGUAAUUUGUUUGUUUGUUUGUUUGCACUCGCAGUUAGGCAUUAGACUCCUAGUACCCAAUACCGCUAGUUAGUCACCAAAAGCAAUCUAGUUCUACGUAUAGUGAAUUAUCGUGGUUUCAUUCCAGUGGCUUUUCAAGAGACUCAAUUUAACGGUCACACAAUACAUAAUUUAUCUUUUUGUUUUCAUUUGUCUCCAAUAAACAUACAAUGAGUGUAUCGGGAGAAAAUACCGGGGAAACUACUGUUGAAGUAGAAGUAGAAGAACCGGAACAGUUCAGGAAAUUAUUUAUUGGCGGACUUAACUACACAACUACAAAUGAUUCAUUAAAAGAAUUUUUUGAAAAAUGGGGUGAUAUUGUGGAUGUAGUUGUUAUGAAAGAUCCUGUUACAAAAAGAUCACGAGGUUUUGGUUUUAUUACUUACUCAAAAUCAUCAAUGGUAGAUGAUGCCAUGGCCAAUAGACCUCAUAAAAUUGAUGGUCGUGAAGUAGAAACAAAACGUGCAGUACCUCGUGACGAUAUAGAUAAACCUGAUAUAGCAUGGACUGUAAAAAAAAUGUUUGUUUCUGGAAUUAAAGAACAAACUGAGGAAGAUUUAAAAGAGUAUUUUGGACAGUAUGGAAAUAUACUUAAUAUUCAAAUUAUUACAGACAAAGAAACUGGUCAACGCAAAGGCUUUGGGUUCAUUGAAUUUGAUGAUUCAGAUUCAGUUGAUAAAGCUGUUUUAAUCAAAAGCCAUGAAGUUUCUGGAUCCAAAUUAGAAGUUAAAAAAGCUGUCAGCAAAGAUGUAGCAUCAGCUUCUAGAGGUCGUAGAGGUGGACGUGGUGCUAGUAGUGGAAGAGGACAAAGUUGGGGAGGACCAAAUAAUAAUUGGGGAGGUAACCAUUUUGGAGGAUAUGGCAGUGGAAACAGUGGUGGUGGCUGGGCUCAAGGUGGUCCUCAAGGCUGGAAUAAUGUUUGGGGUAGUCAAGCUAGCCAAGGAGGUUGGGGUAAUGGAGGAGGUAAUUGGGGUGGUAGUCAGAGUGGUUAUGGAGGAGGGCCAAUGCGAGGAAAUUUCGGUAACAAUAGAGCAGUUCCAUAUCAUACUGGUCGUGGAGGUAGUGGCAAUUUCCAUCAAAAUUCUAGAGGAAGGUAUUAAAAGCAGGUUGCUGAAGCGAAGGCUGGUAGGAAUCAAUAACCAACAAAUUUUUCUCCUUCAACUUUUGGGUAUUGAACUAUUCGAAUGAUGUUCUUUUUUCCGACAAAAACUAUCUGCUCUUCACAUGUUGACACUUAUUGCCAUUUAUAAAUCACUAUUAAAUUAUGUUAGUACAAUAUUUUGUUAAUCAUAUACAUUAUGAUUUAAAAUUUAGGUUAAAUAAGUUAAAACAUUUUAUAUACCUGCUCUAUAUAUAGAUAUAUAUAUAUUUUUUUAUUUAAUUAAUUAUUGUUUUUCCAAUAUAAUUUUUAAAAUUUAAAACACUGGUUAAUUGAAAUGUAAUGCGUUUUAUUUAAUGGUGAAUAAUUUUUGUGUAACUAUAUUAUUAUAUAUUUAAAAUAAAAAUACCCAGUCUUUAUACAGGGACCAGAAUACAAUUGUUGUUGACUCAAUAAAUUUUAUGAUAAUUCACAAGACAUUUUUUUAUUAGAAGGAACAUUUUUAUUAAUGCUUAAAUAUGGUAGGCAUAUUUUCUACUAUAUUGGAACAGAUCGUAAGUAGUAUACAUUGUUAUGUUCUAAAAUUCUGUAAAAUAUUAUUAACGUCAUUAUUUCCUCAUGUUUUUAUUUUAAUCAUAUUAAAGUGAAAUCUCUAUUUACCAAUGUCUCCCAAUUAUUGAAUUUUUUAAAUAGUUUUUUUUUUAAACCUGUAUUAAUUGUGACAAUUGAGUUUCUUACAUCUUACUACUUAGAAUAGUGAAUUCCUUUCAAUAAUUCACUUUUUUUGGCCACCAUCGUUAUAUUUUAUAGAGGUUUCACUAUCAUUAGAUGAUUAGUUAUAGAUUGGGUACAAGAUAUUAAAUUAGGCAUUUAAUGCAGACCAACAUAUUGAGACUCCUAUCAACAGCGUAGGACUUAGGUCCCCCGGUUCCAAGAUAGUAAGUGUCUUAGGCAAAUACUCAAGUGAUCAGUUUUCAACUUAAUAAAAGUUUAUCAAUACAUAAUUUACGGAGUUUUUGAAUUACACCGAAACAAUCAAAAAGAUGACAAUGUCUUUUAUUGAAUUUACAAUGUAACUAUAUGUUGGUUAGUAAGGGUACAUAACAUUUACUUCUUAAAAAAUGUUCAACAUGUACAUCAGACCUGUGCUUAAAUCGAAUCACUUUAUUUUAAAGUAAGUGUUUACUAUUUAAAGUUAACCAGUAAAAAAUAUUUUAUUGUUGUAUCCGAUAGUUAUAUAAUUAAAAUUCAAUUUGUUAUUUUGUUAAUCUUUAUUUGAGGUUUACAUAAAAAAAUAAAUUGUUAUGAACUAAAAUUAUUUUUUAUCGUGAUUCCUAUGGAAAACUCAAUUUUAUGAAUUUUACACUAAUUUUUAUGUUUAUGAAAUUUUAAAAUUAAAUCAAAAUUUUAUUACUUAAAAAGUGUUUUUACUAAAAUGUAGAACUUUAUGCAAGUAAUGGGUGUGAUUUUUUAGUAUAGUACUCGUUUUAAGUAUUAAUAUACAUUUUUAGUUAAUAUAUUUUGAAUUGUAUAGAAUUUAAUAUUUGUUGUUAAAUUUACUGUUAAUAGAUAUUAAUACAAAACUAUAUUUGGGUAUAAUAAUAGUUCAGAGAUUUCAUUUUUAAGAAAUACAUAUCUACAUAUUAAAGUAUAUUUUAAUAUAAUAUUUGUAAUGUUAAUUAUUUUCACUAAUUAUUAUUAUAAAAUAUCAAGUAAAUAGGUAUGUUUUUUACAGAAUAUGAGUUAACAUCUUUGCUUCUUGUUGUUUGAUAAUAAACAGUUACUUAAAUACUAUACUAAUAGGGUACCUCAAAUUAUACUUAUUUAAAUCAAUCAGUAUGGCAAUUUUGUAGAUUUGAAUUCCUAAAAAAACAAAAAAAUAAAAAAAAAUAAUGAUGAUAAAGUAACUAAUAAUGUAAUGUCUUAAAUUUGACUACAUUUUAGAAUAUUAUUGAUUAAGUUAGUUCAUAUUAUGUUUGGCUAUUGUAAUUACAAAUGUAUUCAACUUUAUAUUUAACCAGCUAUUUUACCAACUAUAAAUUUAAGAAUUUAAAUGAGGUUAAAGAAAUUUAGCACUUUUGGUUAAAUGUGUAUUUGUACAGAUGUUUUAACAGUAUAUUUACAUUAAUUUAAAGUUUAAACUAAUAUUUCAUACCGUAUAAUAUGUUUUUAAGACUAAACACUAGAAUCUAGGUAUAGUUGUUUGAAAACUAAAAUAUUAUUUUCUCUAUAGCUAAAUUUUUUUUUUUUUAUUGUUAACUUUAUUUUAAUAAGUAUUUAAUUCUUAAAAUACCUAUUCAAUUUUUUUUUGAGUUCAAUGAAUUAAUUGUAUAGUAUUAAAAACUUGUCGAUCAGUACUAUAUGCUAAGAUAUUUUUUAUAAUAUACAUUGGCGCCUAUAGUUAAAAUUUUAGAGGGGAUGGGUUAAAAUAAAAAAAAUAUCAAAUGUAAAAUAAUGCAAGAUUUAAUGUUAUUUUCAUAUAUAAAUGUAAAUAUGCUAUAUUUAUUUACAAGUCCAUAAUAUUUUUUUUGCUCAGGAGGGGCAAGUGCCCUAUCUUGCCCCUCUCAAUGGGCGCCCAUGAUAAUAUAUCACUAUCUAUGUAUCAAUGUUUCUAGCAGUAUUUAAAUCAGAUUUCUUAGUUUGAAGGUAGAACUUAUUAUAUACGUUUAUGUAUAUAUAAAUAUAAAAUGUUAGUAAAAGUCCUAGGUGGAGACAGCCUUCAUGUUCAACGAAACGGAAAAAAAUGACAGGUAAAAAUCGUCAAAUGCAUUUUACUUUAAAAUUGUAAAUAUAUAAAGUAUAAGUAUAUUUUAAGUCAAUUGUUAAAUUAAAUGAGUAAAUAACAAUAAAAAUAUAUCAUUAAAAGUCAAUUGUUAAGUUAAUAUUUUAGUAAAUAAUAAUAAAAAAAAUAAAUUAUGAAUAUCGAAUAGAAAAUGGUAUUGCUAAUUUGGUAAAUCUCUCUCCCCACUUUAAUAUUCUUGAAUUCUUCACAUAAUAUUUUUCGUUAUAACAUAUAAUUAACGAUACGUAUAUCUUUUAUCGUGCGUUGUACACUUCUUGUGCAGACUGCAAAGUUAUAAUAAUAAUAUAGUUAUUAGUUAAUAACCAAAUAAAUUUAUUUACUAUUUAGCAAUGGUUAGUGUUCAGCUACUCAACGUCUCAAUCGACUGCUGACUUACUACUUACUGCCCGAUCAUAAUAUUUGGGGCAUAAAAAAAUAUGGACAAUAUGAUGUUGUGCUUGCCGCUUGGUAUAUAUUCCAAGAACAUUAAAUGUAUAUUAAAACUUAUUAUUAUAAUUUAUAAUAUCUUGUAUCGGGUCUCGUCAUUCAGGGCCGACCUUGGUAAUUUUAAAAUUUCUGAAAACUAGAUAUUAAUGUAAUGAUUAAAUCGCUUUUCUUCAUUUGAAAUUUACUUAUUUUGCUGCCGCAUUGGGCCGGCCCUGUCGACAUCUCACAUGGCCGCCUUCCCUCGUUUAUACAAUCGUCUCAACUCUCAAUAUUCAGUAUUCAAUACUCAUAGUCUUAAACUCUUAAACACUAAACAGUCGCCGCCAAAAUGCUAUAGUGUCAGUCAUUUGGGCAUUUGGCACGUCAUUAUCAACGACUUUAUAUACAAUUUUAGGCCUGUUUUCCGGUAACACUGGUAUAGCGAACUCAGUGGUACCGUCCUGCGCGGCAUCGCUCGUCGAGUAAAACGUUUCGUUGCGGCCUCCAGCGGUCAGACGUCUGUACUCAUUUUUUUGAUACAACAAUAUUGCCGCUUGAGGGCGCUGCGCAGAGUUACUCGAUUUCGGCACUUCUCAUUCGUCGACGACGUUUUUCCCGUUCACCUUCCAUUUUGUGUGCGAUUUCCUCGUGCGCGAUAUCUCCGUAGUCUAUACUCCGUGUCUAUACUUCGUGUCCCCAUACUAUAAACGCAAAGCGAACGUCAUCAGUGUCGGUCUACCGUCCAUUUUUGUCGCCGUCGUGUUUUUCCUUCCGUCGGUCCACCACAACUUUUUCAACAGCCGUCGUUGAAUUACAUUUUCACCGGCGUGUUCGAGUCCGCCGUUGUCGUUUUCUUCGUCUUCUC